GUUAGCCGUAAAUGUUUCACUGCAGAACUUGCUAAGCAAUUAUAUUGAGAGUGUGAGUAUCAGAAAAAGUUGUUACACUGUAACACAUGUGUAGAGAUGUACACAGAUAUUUAAACCUAACCUUGAAGUGCAGGAUUUGAAUAACAGAUACUGGCUUAUAGCACUGACGGCUGUCAGUCCAGAAAGGAGAAAAAAAAUCACGAUCCCUGCACCCUCACUAUUUGUAAAAGAGCACGCUCUCAGUAGUCUGACUGUAAUCUAAAGAAAAUGCUUUCAGUACCUGUGGUACUACGUUCAGUAGUUAUUAAUUUUUUGAUGUUUUACAGAUGAUCUGUUCAGUAUAGUGGAGAAAAAUUACAAUAAUAUUUUUUUUAUAUCAAUUAAUUAUGCCAAAUCUUUCUGAUAUCACCUGUGAGUUUUCAGAUGAUGAUUCUUCAGAUGUAUUAGCUGAUCAUCAGUCUAAAUUCAUAGUAGUUGGUCGAAAACCUCGAAUUCAUACUUUAAAAAAAAAAAGGCAUUUAAUACAAAAAUUAUUCACAAGAGAGAUUGGAGGCUGCUUAUCACAGUAUAAAAAUGAUGUACAAGGCAGAAUAUUCGAAACAAUACCAUCAUGGGGUUAUUUGCCACUUCAUCAAGUCAUUCCAAUGUCUGCCAUUCAAGCUGGACAUAUCGUUAUGGGCCUAACACAAUGUGGUCAAUUUAUUCUCACAUAUACAUAUAAUCUUGAUCUAAGAGGAAUAGGUUCUCUGUACAAAUAUCGUUUGCAUUGGUGGACAUUUUCACCUAAAAAAUUAGCCCGUAAAGUUGCUGAAAUUGUUCUUUUUGGUAACUAUACUAUUAACAAAGAAUUGGAAAUCGUCAUAGCUCAGUGGCCAAUGGAAAAGAAUAAAAUUGUGAUCCAUGGCUUACAUUCGGAUUGGGAACUUACGCAGACUACUGCUCGUGGAUAUUUAACGUUUACAACUUUGCCUUCUUUAGCGAAUUGUAAAGAUUGUGCAAAACUAGCCGCUUCUUAUGAAGAAGAAGAACCGGCAGCUAAUUGGGAUGGCUGUCGACGAUGUAAUUGUUUGUUCCAUGGUUUGACAGUUCACACUACAUAUGAAGUGAUUUCUCCUUAUCCUCGAUUUCGUGCCUCUGUAUGCCUCAAUUACUGGAACCACGUGGUUAUAAAUACAGGAAAUUUUUUACAUGUACUUACAGUUCAGUUACAUGCUCCUAAAAAGAAUAAUUACCGUACUUAUGAGAAACAAAAUGCUGUAUCAAAUAUCGUGAAGAAUGAUGUUAGUGGUGUUGAGAAACUCGAUGAUAUGCGAACAGCGUAUCAUAUUCACUCAACUGAUGCUGGUACCUCGAAAGCGUUUUAUGAGUUGUCGCUAAACUCCAAUUAUACACAUGAUCAAGAAUUUUUGAUCGAAAAAAAAAAGUUUUCUGAUGAAAUUUCCACUUAUGAAUCGUCUAAUUGUAAACUUAAUGAUAGUUUUAAUACAAAAGCAUGUCAAUGUUUAGAUUCCGUUGAGUGUCUCUGUAUUUAUAAAAAAAAUGUUGUUAAUACUCCGCAGCAACGGUCUAUUCUUGUAAGGGAUAAAAUCUCAGAAGAUUUCUCUGAAGAUGUGUCUCAAGAAUUAAGUUGUAAUAAUGAUUUAAUACCUAUGGUAGAUCAUUCAUCUUAUUCAACUAAGUUGAUUCCUCAAAGUUCUUCAACUGAUUUAAAGAAAUCAGAAUCACUCUUUACAUCGUCUGCAGAUAUUUUUAGAACGCAAACUUUUGAAACUGCGAGCGGGUGUUACAAAAAUGAGCGCUUAUCGUCUCUACCACCUGGUAUGUCCGAAGAUGACAAAAAGGUAUCAUACUUUACUACCAUCAAUUCUCCUCUACGUACGCUUCUACAGUCUUCUCCAGGAAUUCAUAUUUCUCAUAAACUUAAAGAAGAAGCAGAAAAAGCUUAUGAAUUUGUCGACGAUACCCAAGAAACUUGCGAAAAACUUAGUUCAUUUCGGAAGCGACGACUUGCAGAUAAAAAGUAUGAGUUCUGUGAAGAAACUGAAGAUACUGAGAAUAUUGUCCCUUUCAAGUACAUCAGAAACCAAUUAGAGUUUGAUCAUAGUUCUGUUUGCUGGAUGCCUUCAAAAAUAAUAUCACCAGCACAUACGACGAUCAAGUGGCAUCAUAGUAAACGUGGAAAUAAUGACAUUGACGAUAUUGCUUCUAAUCAAAAUAUUUUAUCCAGUUUCCAGCCACUUGAAUCAGUAAAGAAAUCAGUACUCCGACUUAUAAGCCAGAACCAAUUGCACAGUAUUGAGAACUCUCAUAACAGAAUUCAUACUCAGUAUGAUUGCUCAUCCCAGGACGAUCCUGUGUCGACCUCAAAUUUUGUUUUUCCUUAUCCAAUAAUUAAAUGUACAAAUCACUUUAAGCGAAGUUAUAUUGAAUCGGAUGAUGAAAUGAUAUCAGUAAUUACUGAGGUUGAAGAUGAUGAAACAGGAGAAAACGUCAGUUAUCAAUGUGUAUUACCGAUAGACGUACACGGAUCAGGAUAUGUACGAAUGCAAAUGAUUAGCAAUAACAAGGCAGAAAAAUUAAUGCUGCCAUAUGUAUCAAUAAAUCAAUUUAGUUUUGACAUUGAAACGUUUUCACAUCAUAUUGCUGAAUGGAUAUGCAAAAAGUUUAAAAAGAAAUAUUGGCAUUGCAUUGACUAUGACAUUGAAAUAGUAGAAGUGUGUGCAAUAAGCGGCGAUAUUAUUUGCAUGCUUAUGAUGAAAAUUGAAGCUAGUGAAUAUUCCAUGAAAGCUAUCGGUUCACAAGAAAGAAGAAGUUAUAUGACGGGUUGUCAAUUUAUGUGGAAUAUUGAUGCAAACCAAUAUAAAAUAAUUAGUAUCUUUCCUGUCACUGAGUUAUCAGAAGAAUCUAAUACUGGAGUAGUGAAAGAAUGGAGCCCUACAUGGAAUCCAACACGUAAUUUUAUUUCAUCGCUCAGAAAAACAAUUAAACAGAUUUACGCUCGUCCAGUACGAUACAUACAUCAUUCAGCAGGGUUUUCAGAUUCACUAUCUCGAAUAAUUGAUAUGGACAACUUAACGGAAUUCUAUUUGACAAAAAUACCUGAAGAUAAUGGACUAUACUGAAGAAUAAUAAUUUUCGAAAAUUGAAGUAUUAUGGGACAUUUAUACUGUUUCAAGACUUCAACAGAUGACUAUCAAUGGCUUAUUAAAAUAAAAUUUAUCACUUCAUGAAGUCGUUUUCAUUGAUUUAUAAUGUUUUGAAAAGUAGAUCUGGAAAGUAUGAAACGAAAGUGACGAACCUUGGUGAUUAUAGUAAAUUGUACCUCCAAUACACACAAUAAAUACAAAGAUGUACAUUCGACCGUCUGUUUUUGCAACAACAUUUUUGUUUUAUAUUCUGUGGAAAGGAUCUUUUACCAUGAAAUUAACGAAAAUAUUUGUUGGAAUGAAAGUUGACACAAGCGUUUGGGCGCGAUCUCAUGGCGAGUACCGAACUAUUCUCGCUGCUACUUCCUAUCGCCGGUGACCUUCCUCUCUUCCAUACAUGUCUUUUCUCCUCAGAAAUUUUUCUCUUGGUUUAAGCAACUUUUUUUUCAUAGGUGGGCCAUACGAAAUUUCUUGCGUUAAACGAAUAGGAUUUUUUUCAAGUACACUGAGAAAAAAAAAUAAUUUUAUUAAGAACAUUUACUUGAUACAAGAACAUAUAUUCUUGAUAAUUUUCAAGAAUAUAUAAUUUUGUCUCAAGAAUGCGUAGAAUUGAAGAAAAUAAUUUUUAUUGAAUUCAAGUAAAGCUAUUCUAUUGUUUACUCAUAAUCUAAUGUCAAAUUCAAGUAA